CAUAUACUGUGCCUACAGAGGAUGUGCUCACUGCGCAUGCGGCCUGCUGGGUUGUCGCCAGAACUACUAUUCCCGAAAUGCAUUGCGCCAGGCGACCCGGAAGAAGCGUAAAGACGAAGCUGGUGGUGAGGAUGCCCCCUCCAGCACGUUGACCAGGAGCCGCCGCUGGUGUAACGCCAUGGAUAACCGCUUUGCCACAGCACUGGUGAUUGGCAGCGUCCUGUCUCUCCUGUCAGUGAUUUACCUGUGUGCAGCAGUGGGUACCGUCUCCUGGUACCACUAUUUCACCUCCCCCGUCCUCGCCAACGUCAGUGAGAUGUCUGCAAAUGAAUUCUUAAAUGAACUGGAAAAGGCCAAUGAGAAGGCGUACACGGACGCCCUGUACCACUGCAACGGGACCCUGGGGCUAUGGCAGCAGUGCAUCACCUUCUCCCAGCAGCACUAUGAUAGCGAUGAUCUGUCUUCCAAUUUGCGAUGCGUCUCAUUGUCUUUUUCGGAUCAGUUCUUAGAAAAAUACAGCCAGCCCGGAAAUCACAACACCGAAAUUGACCUGAUCCGUACAUAUCUGUGGCGUUGUCAGUUCCUGCUCCCAUUGGUCGCCCUCGGACUUAUAUUUGUUGGAGCGAUUAUUGGUCUGGCUGGCUGUGUCUGCCGCAGUCUGUAUCCGGCACUGGUAACUGGGGCCUUGCAUCUACUGGCAGGUGUGUGCACAUUGGGAGCAGUUCUGUGUUUCGCCAGCGGGGUGUAUAUGCUGCAGAAGAGUCUGCCCCUUCCACCAGGGGUUCGGGGAGAGUAUGGAUGGUCCUUCUGUUUGGCUUGUGUCUCGUCACCUCUGCAGAUCAUGGCUGGAGCCCUGUUUCUUUGGGCAUCUCGCGCUAGUCGGAAAGAGUAUUCCUUGAUGAAGGCUUAUCGUGUGGCAUAAAGGAACUCAACGUGAAAAGGACUACUCACACUGGCAGGUGUCGUGGUGCCAGGAUUCAAAUGCAGGUCAUAAGAGUCCAUCUGAAAUUUGUCCUGACGUUCUGUAUUUUUUUACAUAUUAUUUUUUAACAGAAGUCCUUUCCUUAUCAGCAACGGGCUUUAAUGUGACUAAACUUAGAAGUCCACAUGACCACCCGUUAUUCUCCAGUAUUCCUGAAUUCAGGCCUGUACCAUCUACCUAGAUGGAGGCAUUGAUCCCAGCUGCCCUUUUCUUUCCAGUUUAAGCACACAACAUGACCUAAAUUGACGUCCCACUAUAUAUUAUUACCAAGGUCAGCAUACUUUAGGGAGGGUGACCUAUGGGAUCAGCAAGGUCAAAUACCGUUGUGUCCCACUUAUAUAUGCCAUAGAAGACAAUCCAAAGACGCUCUCCCUGUAGCUAGCGAGCCUACUGUAGUCAGAUCACAUGGAAUAUCUGGUUCUGGUAUAUUCCAUUUCCUGGUUAUUUACCAGAUCGGUUGUACUUUAGAGCAAUGUAGUUAGUUUUUUUUAUGAGACCCUUAUUAAAGGUUUAAGUCUUAUGUGACAUUUGGUCAUCUUGACCUGUAAAGGUAAAUCUCACACCACAGUAAUACUGAAAAAAUAUAUAAAAGGGAGAUAUUGGGGUAUAAUACAAGCAAGCCUUUCUGCACCUAUUGUCCCAGCCCAAGGCAUCUCACCAGUUGCCAGAAUGGGGGCAUGUAGAGCUUUUCUAUCCAGCAUGAUGACCUGAUACAUCUACAGCAGGGUUGUCCAGGCUUACCCUCUGGGUGUGAAGAGCACAACUGCAUGCUGACAGGGCAACCAUCCAAUGGCCAGCAAGUACGCGGAUAUCAAUAAUUAGAAUAGGACCUGUGUAUGACACUUGCUGGACACAGAGCAGGAUGCAUUGAUGACCCCUUUAAAGGGAACAUGUCAGGAACCUCAUUCAGCUCCUGACAGGUUCCCUUUAAAGCCCUCAGCAGCCCACUUGCUGGAUAUGUUUUCAGGAUUCCCCUUAGUAUCUCUGUAUAACUACUGUCAAUACAUUAGGACUUAUCCUAUAGGAUAUUCCCAAAUCAUGACCGGCAGGUGCGCCUCGAGGACUGGAGAUGAGGAACACUGCUUUGAAGUAUGUUUGCUCUGAGAUAAGAAUCCCCACUGACUGAUUUAGCCUUUCUGGAUUACAACACUUUUGAUACGGACACAUUAUUAUGAUUGCCACUCAACUUUCCCAGACUGUUCAUAACUAGGUGGAUUGGCAGCUACCCACAAGUCAGAAUGGUUGGGGAAAUGCGGUUUUAUGUUAUGCCAGAGGUAACAUAGAUAUGUCUUGGAUAUGACGCCCACCUCUCAGACUUUUUACUAUGUACUUUUUUUUAAUGGCUGUUUUAACUUAUAUUGUUUGUAUAUGUGUGUUUUUGUUACUUUAGUGUAAAUCCUUGCGUUGUCACCUGAUAUGGUGCUCACAGUUAAAGGGUCUGCUUCCCCCAAACUGCACCUAUCUGAGGUUGAGCUGCAAUACCAGUGGGCAAGAGGAGCACAGUUCCAUCCUCUCUAACCAUAUAGUGUCGUCAUGCGACCACCGACAGUAGCACACUUGAUUACAUGCCCAACAUUGAGAAAACAUGUCUGACAACAGUCUAUUGACAUCAUGUUUGGAUAUAGGAAAAAAGCAAUCCAUUCCGAACACUGGGCCAAACUACUAGGUAAGCUUUUGGAUGGAGAGGAAGAUACGAUGUAACUCCAACUUAGCAAAAUCUGUGCAAGCGAGUUCAAUAUUGUAAAGCUAAAAUGGAACGCGAUGCUCAAAAGUAAGCCUUCAGCUUAUUAACCCUACUCAACAGCAGAAAUGUAUUGUAAGGCAUAGGAUCCAUUGACAUGUCUGCUAGUGUGAAAGCACAACUGUAGCCAAUACCCCACCCCUAACAGUGCGCAUUACUUAGGACUGGGCCCUUAGAUCAACAAUCCCUAAUUUCAUAGACCUCUGUAUGUAAGGCAUACACAAGCUGCAGAUAAAAGGAACAGUUCAGUAGUCUAAAUGUUAGGCAUACUCUUAUGUAUAGAUCAUGUUUGAGGUGACACCACAUUUCUACCACUUCUUACUUUGACCACUAGGGGCACUGUUGCAAUGGAGCAUAGAUCAUGUUUUAUUUAUAAAUUGUAUUUUAAUGUACCAUCUGUCCUAUAGUGGCGAGAUGUUUUGCUUGUGUUGAAUGACUCUCUAGAAAAUGUUCAUGUCACUUGAUUUAAGGGAAUAUUAAAACAGAGCACCUUUUCAAAUGGUUUUAAAUGAAGACCAUCUUCUGUAACUUUGUCUACAGCUCAUUUACAGACCUUUUUGUCUCUAUGGUAACAGACUACGAACAAUGUAGUCUGAUCCAACACUCAUUUCCUUCCAUAUGUCCUUAACUCUGACUAACAUUUUGUAGUUUACAGGUAGGGGAUAGAUGGUAGUAUGACUACAAUCACCCUACUUUUAUUUGUAGUCUGUUACCAUGGAAACAUCGGUCUCCACUGUAGCGGUAGA